UCCAGCGAACAGACGGAUGAAGAGCACAACAGCUUGGAUUGUUAUGGAUUUGCACAGAAUUGGCCCAAAAAACUCACCUCUAGCAAGCCAAAAAUGAAAUUAUACAAAAAAUUUAUCCUUUCAGCUUGCGCCUCUACGUGAGAUUUGUCUGUCUUGUCGCGAGACCGUGAGAUUUAACUGGAAAUCGUGCGCGCUUUAUUUGUGCGCACGAUUUCCAGUUUGAACACUAUCCUGCACUAAAUAUUUUUUCUGAGACGAUGUCAUCCAAAGAGGUUGGAGAUGAAUCUUGCGACGAGAGAGGCAAACCUUCAGCCCAACGGAUAAGGAUAAAUCAUUGGAUCCUGGAUCCUGGAACCAAGUCGCAAUCAAGUCAUUUUCGCGCUCUGGAAAUUUUCCUCUCCGUUGCAGUGGCAUGUAUUGCUGUAUUUAUCUACCUUGAUCCCCCUGUGUACGAAAUGAAGUGUGACUUUGACCUGGUUGAAGUCUUUGAAAAUGGGGUUGAAAAGUUACAGUUAUCAUUCACUAAUCAGACCGACAGGUUCUGGAAGAUUUUAAGAACUCGUGGAUUGGCUCAUCUACGGGAAAAAUAUCCAAGAAGACCACUGGUGUUCUUACUGCCUGCACCUCCAGCAGCACAUGAAUGGUUGGAUUGCCUGGCCAUUAAACUGACAGAAAAGCUGGAUCCAAGACAUAAAACAACCCUGGCCAUAAUUGAUAGUGAAAAAGAGAAAGCAAAUCCCUCAGAAACGACCAAAAAAAAGAUGGACAAUUUCCUGAAGCAAAAAGUUGUGGCUGGUCACAGGGUAAUACUCAUCCGUCACCUUGAGCUUCUCCCACCACCCUCACCAAUUCUGUUUCACUCUUAUUGUGAUGAUCAAGAUGCACCACAUAAGCAUGUGGCCUUUAUUUUUACUGUACAUAUGCCAGUAGAGCCUAGUUCAUCUCUAUCCUCUGAAGAAGCAGAGAAAAGUGUAGAGGACUAUCUUUCAGGUGAGGUCUGGGUGAAGGUUGAUAAGAAUGCGGUUGCUUCACUCUUGAGCCGCAUUGCUGACACUGUGGUGCUCAUGAAUGGUGAAUCUAGUGGUUCAGUAAAGGCUCUUUGUUCAUAAUCCACUCACAAUUAGUGAUAAGUAGGAUGAGUGAGUGAAUUCUCAAAACACUGUCAAGAAAGUAGGAUUUAACCAUUUACAGUCAGAGUGAUGAGCAUCUUAUUUCCCCCAACAGUAUCACCUCUUCAAUCAAACAUUAAGGUCAUGACAAUAAAAGAAAUGAUUGUAAACUGAAGAAGCUCUUGAUUAUAAUACAAAUUCUCAUUUAUUAACUAUAGAAUAUGUAUAGAGAACAGUAAGGAGAAUUUGCAUGCUGAAGUUAAGGUGUAAGGGGUUAAGUGAGUUGGCCAAAUUUAAAGUAAGGUUUACCAGAGGAUACUGUCUCGAUUGAGCAGUUCUCAGGAGUACUAAACAAAAAAAUCAAGAUUUUCAGCCAGGAGAUGUAAAAUUGAGAUUGAGAGAUUGAAAGGAGUUUUAUUAUAACCUGAGGUCAAAUUUAUAGCAAGGCUAUCUUGAGGGUUGAGAAACAAUUACCUCCUUGUCAUGAUAAAAGUAUGUACUUGUCUGGCAACUGUGGUUUAUUUUCAGUAGAAUGUCACAAUAAUUAGAACUAUUGACUUAUCACAAAACACAAUGUAUGGUUAACAAUGCAAACAAUUCAUGAACUCAACUAGCUUUUUUAGACUGUGAAAUAGAUUGAAGGUAGUUCAAAAGAGUGGUCAAAUUUGAUUACAGUUGAGCUGUUCACUUUCCUUCAUACCCAGUGAAAAUGCUUAGUACACAAGAGACACCCAGAGAACCUUUUUGGGUCCACAAGUUUUGGUUGAGGGACAAUUAUUGCAAGUGAGAAAAUUUGAGGAACAAGUUUGUAGAAACUCUUAUCUACUUGAACAAUGGACCCAUUAAAUGAAGGGGAACUGGGAUUGAUCAAAAGUUGACUAAAAUUUGAUUUGAUAAAGGAAAUAGUAUCAAAAUAUGUUCUCCACAAUUGUUGGAUAUCAUAUUGUGCACUCGUCAAAUAGCCUUCUUUCAAUAUGGAAAAAGUCUUGUCAAGUAUUAAUGUUCAAGUAUCAAGAGAGUUGUCCAAUACACAUACAAAUAGAUUCCAUAGGAAAACAUGUCUUUUAUAGGAAAACCAGAAGUCUAUUGGUAGAAAUGGGAAUAUAUUACCAGAAGAGGUAAUCAUCACACACACACUGGAAGUCAAUAAAUUGAUGAUGUCUGCUCUACCAUUGGUGCCCC